CCUUACGCCAGCGUUGAUUGACAGGUUCCAACUGACCAAUGAGAUAACAGAACUGAUAAGCCUUGUUGUUAGCCGCCAUCUUGUCCGUCAAACAAAUGCCGGACUUGAUUCCAAACACGCUAAAAUCCUUACGAAAAAUACAAACUUAAAAUGGUAAAAAGGUGCUGUUACGGUACCUGUAACUCAGAUACACGGUACGUGGACCGGGAAGAGGGUGCUAUUGUGUUUUUUCCUUUUCCUAAGCCACUAUCAGACAUCGAAAAGUGCCACAGAUGGAUUAGACUAUGCGGACGGCCUCACGAGCAGCUCAAUUUAAAAAUACUUCAAGAACGUUCCAAAGCAAAACACAUCUAUGUUUGCUCAAAGCAUUUCAUUGACGGGAAACCAACCACUGCAAAUCCAGACCCUGAACCAGCAAGUCGGUAUGAAAAAGUCACACCUGCCAGACGCCCUCCUAAGCCGCGUGCACAUUCUGAACCACCAAAGAAGAAAAUAAGAACAGCACUGUCUGAGACUUUCAGAUACAUAUUUACACGUGCAUACAUCUUUGUUAAAAGUAAUCUUUGUUUGCAAAGUCUAAUAAAUUAUUUACAUAUUUACAGCCAUUCUCAGAAUCAAGAUGUUGUGAUUGUCCACCCAACUGUUUCUGCAUUUAUGAGUGAACAAGAAGAUGCUUUCCAUGGAGACUGCACAAAUAGCAAUGCACAAAACAAUGGUAUGUAUAAAGUGUCAUGUUUCUAG